GUGAAGUCUCGCGGGACUGUGUGCUUGUUGUCAGCUGAUCACGGGGAAAUCUCUAAAACGAAACCAUGAACAGGACAUUUUUGUGCUGCGAUGCGCCGAAUCUUUGUCUAAACGAGCCGUGACUCGACUCCUUUAAAGCUCUUUAAACACGGCUCCUCUGAACAGGUGAUGAAACCAUGUUGCCCACGGUUACAGCGGUGGUCAGAUUCAGUCAGUACAACAGCAGCACGUUGCCGUGGUUACCAAACUCGUCAGUGUUGCCUACUCAGCCGGACAAUGUCUCAAAACCUCACCAGUGCCUCCAGCUGCUCUAUGAGGACAUCGGACAGUCCAGAGUUCGUUACUGGGACCUGCUGCUCUUGGUCCCAAACGUGGCAUUCUUCAUGUUUCUGAUGUGGAAACUGCCCUCGGCCCGAGCCAAGAUCCGUGUCACCUCCAGCCCCAUCUUCAUCACUUUCUACCUGCUGGUUUUUGUAGUAGCUGCAGUGGGAAUCACCAGAGCUAUAGUUUCUAUGACGGUCAGCGCCUCGAGUGCAGCCACCAUCAUCGACAAGGUGUUGUGGGAGAUCACGCGUUUCUUCCUUUUGGCCAUUGAGCUCAGUGUCAUCAUCUUCGGACUGGCUUUUGGUCAUCUGGAGAGUAAGUCCAGUAUAAAGCGUGUUCUGGGCAUCACUGCAGUCCUGGCUCUGGCCUAUUCCAUCACACAGGGCACUCUGGAAAUCCUAUACCCCGACAGUCAUCUCUCUGCUGAGGACUUCAACAUCUACGGACAUGGAGGACGCCACUUCUGGUUGGCGAGCUCUUGCUUCUUCUUCCUGGUUUACUCUUUAAUAGUGAUUCUGCCCAAAACUCCAAUCAGAGAACGGAUAUCACUGCCAUCUAGGCGGAGUUUUUACGUGUACGCUCUGAUCCUGUCCCUCCUGAACCUGGUGCAGGGGGUGGGCAGUGCUCUGCUGUGUGCGGAGAUCAUCCAGGGACUCUGCUGUGUGGACCUGACCACGUUCCUCUACUUCUCAGCUUUUGCUCCUCUCAUUUAUGUCGCAUUCCUCAAAGGAUUCUUCGGUUCUGAACCAAAGAUCCUCUUCUCGUAUAAGUCCCAGAUUGAUGAGCCAGAGGAGAGCGAUGUGCACCUGCCUCCCGCUGUGGGCGCGCAAUUCCACAGACGCGACAUUGUAGACCAGGGCCUGUACUACUCUUCCACCCAGAUCGAUGCCUCGUCUGUGGGCAGAGCACAGGGGGCGGGGGCCUAUCUGGAUGACGUGGUGUCUGGACCUUACGGCAGCAGUGUGGAGGACAGGUGGAGACCUAUCAACGCUUGAAAACAGGAGAGGAACUGGAUCUGGGAUUUGGAAUUGUGUUUUUAUCGAAUACAGCAGGGACAUGUAUAAACAGUAUAGAAGGUUGCUGCUUAAAAAUGAGAGAGAGACUCAAAUAUCUGGAGCUAUAAAUCAUGAACAGAUUUUGUUUUGACUGACAGACAAGCCACAAGACCUGAACCCUGAAAAGUUGGGAAAGAGAGAGAAAACGUGAAAUAUUUUGAAAAGGACUUUAGAUUUGGACUUGUGUUUUUAUUGAGAAUACAGGUGGACUCAAACUGCAAGAGUUCAGGAAAAGGCUGCACUAGCACUGAUUCAUGAUCGGCUGCAAGUGCUGGAGUUUAGGUAGUGACCAUUCAGACCAGAGAGAGUCCUUUCUGAACAGUCUAGAGCAGGGGUGUCCAAAUUUUCAAGGGAAAACACAGAUGAAGCAGAGGGUCGAUCGAGGGCCAUAGACUCAUGGUCAAUACAGAGAGUCAUUCAGAUGUGUGCAUUUAAAACUGACUCAGCCUCCAGAUGUGUGCUCAUGCUUAGAGCCUCAAAAGGAUGCUAAAUAUUUGAUACCGGCUAUAUCCAAAGUACAUUUUCAAGAAGAAUUAGGGCCGCGUUUGGCUCCUGGGCCAUAGUUUGGACAUGCCUGGUCUAGAGGAUUGCUAAAACGAGACAGAUAUUACUGAAAUAUGUGAAUUUGUUUAGUCUGGCAGAUGAGCCACAGCAACUAGACCCUGAAAAAAUUGGGACAUUUCUAAACAGUAUUGUGCACCGCUGAAGAAUGAGAGAGGGAAAGAGGCUGAAGGUACAAUUGGAACUAAACCAGGGCUAAAACAGAACUAAAUCAGGACUAAAACAGGCCCAAACCAGGUCUAAAUCAACAAAACUCAGAAAGAAAAACUGGACCUGAACCAAAGUCUAAACUAACUGGGUCCAUAACAGGACUAAAUCAGGUCUAAACUGGGGUCUAAAGCAGGACUAAAUGUGGUCUAAGCCAGGACUCUCACUUACAUUUCCACUUGUGUGGUACUAAACCAGGAUUACACUGAAAACCAAGACUAAACCACCUGGGACAAGACUUAUCAAGGUUCUAAUCAGGACUAAACCAGGACUAAACCAGGUCCAAAAGAACUUUAUUCUAUAGUGCAAUGUAUGGGACUAAACCGGGACUAAACCGGGACUAAACCAGGACUAAACCGGGACUAAACCAGGACCUUUUUCUAAUCCUGUAUAAACUAAAAUUACAAGUAGCAACAUCUGGACCCUGGGAAAUUUGUGACCAAACCCAGUAUUUUAAAAGCGACUGAUGUGUGCUGUGGGAUGAAGAGGACCAACUUUUGAAAUGUUGAUUCUGUUUUGAGGUUUGGAAGAGAAGCACUUGAACCACGAUGACUUUUGUUCCAUUUUAAAGACAAGAGUAUUAAAGGUGCUAUAUUAUGUUAAAUGGACUCUUUUGAGUUUUAAGCCAUGUUUUAAUGUUGUUACCUCCUUAAAAACAGACCUGGAGUUGUGUUUCGUUUCAUUCACACAUGUUUGACUAACCCUGCAUUGUUAGUCUGUCUACAUCUCCAAAGCUCAAAAUGCUCUGUCCCACUUUGUGAUGUCAUGAAGUGGUAGUUUUUAAACUCCACACACCUUAGUGAAGAUAUAUGGAGUUUACUAACACUGUGGAGCACUUCCUGUAUUACCACAUGACAUCACAAGGUGGAACGGAGUGUUUCAAGGUUGAUGGAAGAACUCAGCCUAAAUCUGCAGGGUUUGUGUGUUAAAUGUGUGAAUGAAUCAAAACACAACUCCAGGUCUGUUUGUGACAAGGAAACAACAUUAGAACACAUAACAAAACAGUGUAAUAUGGGCCCUUUAAGGCAGACCAAUCUGUGCAAGAAAACAAAACCGAGAGUUCAAAUAUUGUGAGAUUAAGAUAAAAACUUGUGAUUUAUUUUUUUUAUUUUUUUUUGGGGGGGGGGGGGGGGGGGGGGGGGGAUCAAAAGUCUUUCACUGCAGCAAUGCCAGUGUAAAACUUUCUAUAAGACCAAUGGAGAAUGAUCAUCAUAUAAAAAGGCUGAAUUAACAGGAGUUGAACCCUGUGCGCUGUGAUGUAAUCGCUUUGGCUGAAAUGUUCCACACUAUGGCAUUUAGCAUACAACAUUUGGAUUGUGUUCUGUCACUACAACCAGACUGUUAAGAACUGUGUUAAAUCCAAACUAAUUACUGACAAAAGUUGGGACAUUUUUUUAAUUAUUCAGACAAGGACCAAAGGAGACGAUGCAUCUAAACAAGAGACUGAACUUUACAUUCCCAAUGGAAGCACAUUUUAAGGCCCAUAUUACUCUGUUUUAUGAUCUGUUCUAAUACAGUUUCCUCAUCUCAAACAGACCUGGAGUUGUGUUUGUGUGUUAAACUUGUGUGAAUGAAACAAAACACUGACAGCACAAGGUGGAACAGAGCAUUUUGAGCUCAGGAGAAGUUCACAGGCUAAUAAUCCAGGGUUAAUCAAACAUGUGUGAAAGAAACGAAAUACAACUCCAGGUCUGUUUUUGAGGAGGUGACACUGUUAAAGAGUCCAUGUUGUGUAAUACGGGGCCUUUAAAAGUGUCUAAAUCUUAAUAUUGUUCACUAAAGGAUUUGAACUUUGCCUUGCACUUAAUUAAUGACAAAGCCACAAGAUGUUAUUGUUAUUAUUUUUAUUAUUAUCAUCCUCAUCAUCAUCAUUAUGCUAAUUUAUUUCAGUCUUUCAAACAAACUUAAUUUUAUUUCCUGUUUUUUUCCUUUUCUGUGAUUCAAAUGUGUGCAAAUCACUUUUACAAAUACAUCAGUCUGCCCUCUAUAUUACAGUGUUGUCAGAGCACAGCUGUUAUUCCAGAUGCCCUUCCUUAACUUCUGUACUCUUUGUACUUAGGACUGGUGCAAUGUCUCCCCCUAGUGACUGGAGUGACCAAAAGGAGUGGCCUUUUUGUUUCAUUUUUAAAGUGUCAUUGAACAAAUGUGAAUGUUUGGGUUUUUGUUUUUUUUGGUGUUUUUUUUUUUUGCUUUAUUUUUAAACCUGUUGCUGACUAGUUUUCUCAAAACUAGACCAGGUCUGUAUCAGAACUAAACCAGGACUGAACCGGGACUAAACCGGGACUAAAGCGGGACUAAACCAGGUCUAAACCAGAACUAAACCAAGUCUAAAUCUGAACUAAAAGAGUGUAUGAUCUAAAUCAGUCUAAACAAACCUGGUUCAUAACAGGACUCGAUCAGGUCUAAUCUAGGUGCUAAUCCUGGACCAACCCAGGUUCUAAACAGGGUCUAAACAAAAUACUAAACCAGACCAAGGACUAAACGAGGUAUUAACCAGCUACACCUGGAGUAACAUGGGUCUAAACAAAUGUCUAAAUAAACCAUGUCCAUAAUGGGACUAAAUCAGGUCUAUAUUAGGGUCUAGGGGCUAAGAACUAAACCAAGACUUUUACCCACAUUCCAAGUCUAACGAGGUCUACAAGACGGGACCAAAUCUCCUCAAGGUCCUAACCAGGACUAAACCAACUCAUGUCCUGACCCAUAGCUGGACUAAAUCGGGUCUAUAUUGGGGUCUAAACCAUAAUUAAACUGGGACUCUUAAAUACAUUCCAAAGUGUGGGACUAAACUCGGAUUACAUUUAAAACCAGGUCUAAACCAUGUCCCCCAAACCAGGACUAAUCAAGGACUUUCUUCUCCAUUCCUAAUUUUGGGACUAAACCAGAUCCCAACCAGAACUACUGUCUCCAUUUUGAUGCUGAUGAUGUAAUUCCAAACCUUCUGUUGUGUUUUUUUUCUUUUGUGCCUUAAGUUGACUCCUUGGUUCAGAGUGUCCUGGUCUGUCCCAGGUGUGUUUCAGAGACAGUGUUUUGAAGUGUUUGAAGUGUUUUAUCUGUUGUAGAGUGUGUUCUGAUUACAGCUGCAGUUUGACUCUUUGCUCCUGCUUAAGAAUGUGACGUGUUUUCACUUUGUUCCAGUCCAAUAAACCAUCUUUACCUCCUA